AUGGCAGAUGCUUUCCCACCAGCUGUACGAGAUUUCUCGGACGACCCCACAGUCGAAUCAGUGACUUCUCCCACACAUGUCAACUUUGACCUGGAGGCUGGGGAGGGAGAACCUCGUCCUCAUACCGGGACAAAUGACGAUAAACUCAGGCGAAGCACUUCUGUCACAUCCGAUCCAACCAUGGGAAUAACACAAUCACCAACCAUGCUUCGCCGCCGCAAUCGUGCGAACACGGCAAAGUCCUUCGCGACAGUCGACGUUACCCCAAUGCGCCCCAAUUGGCAGGCAGGUCAAGAACCUGGACUCGAUCCCUCGAAGCCCAACGGUGGUAGAACCGAAGUCCCUACCUUCCACGAACAGUGUCAGAUCACAAUUGUAGACUUCAGCGAGGAGAAUAUGGUUGGGUAUGAACUGGACAAUGAACAGCUUAUAAAAUUUCUGGACGAAAAGCAAGACUCGUGGGUGAAAUGUCGUUGGAUAAAUGUUAAUGGACUGAGUUGGGAUGUCAUACAGGCUCUUGGUCAAUAUAAGAAGCUACAUCGGCUGGCAAUUGAGGAUAUGAUAAACACAGCAAACCGAACGAAGGCCGAUUGGUACGCCGACCAUACCUUCAUGGUCCUUACACUACAAAAAUUGAUCCACUUACACCCUGAUGCUGAAGAUAGUGAUUCGGACGAUGGAGAUAUGGAUAGCAUUAGGAGACCAAAAAGAGGCCGCUUCGGCAAAUUUGUCCACAGCUUGUUCUCCGGUUCCAAGUCAAAGAGGAAACGCCAAGAAAAGAACAUGAUCGCCGGAGUGCACGAUCCUGCUAAUGGUUUUGUUACUGGGCACACCGAAGGUGUCAGUGGACCUCAUUUGCAAAAUCUGAAGACUCUUCAACGGUAUCAUGGAGGCCCGAACAAGGAGCGCAUGGAGUUCAUGGAGAAGCAUUCGCCCCUGACAUCCAGAAAGUAUGCCGUAAGCGCGGAGCAAGUUUCGAUCUUCUUGACGUCUGAUAACACUGUCAUCUCGUUCUUUGAAACCUCCGCUGACGAUAUUGAGGAGCCGAUACUUCAACGACUUCGGACUCCAGAUACCAUUCUCCGGCAAUCUUGCGAUGCUUCGAUGAUCGUGCAGGCGAUUUUAGAUGCAAUCAUCGAUCUUGCCAUCCCUGUCGCAACCACGUAUCAGGAUGUCAUCGGCGACCUUGAACUUGAUGUCCUGACUCAACCAGAUCUCAAGCACACGACUUCGUUGUACGUUAUCACGAGUGAGAUCAUGACUUUCAGAGGCUUCGUCAACCCAAUUGUAAACCUCAUCAAUGCACUCAGAGACCACAAAGGCGCUACAGCCGGCCUUGGAGCACGCAGCGAUACCACAAAGUCCGCCAAGACAGUCAACUUGUCCUCCAUGGCACAAACUUAUCUCGGCGAUGUUGAAGAUCAUAUUAUUCUUAUUACUGAGUCUCUUGAUCAGAUGCGCCGCGCCUGUGACAAUAUGAUUGACCUGAUCUUCAACACGAUGACAGCAUACACCAACGAAACUCUCAAACAGCUCACCAACAUCACGAUCAUAUUCCUGCCCAUGACAUUCCUCACUGGCUAUUUUGGGAUGAAUAUCGAGCCGUUCCCGGCUCUUCAUCAUGGAGAGAGUUACUUCUGGAUUAUUGCUGUGCCAGUUGCGGUCGUGACUGUGUUGUUCCUUAUGCGGGACAGUAUCAGAUGGUGGUUGAAUAAACAUGUGCAGAGGAGAGGGAUAUCACGACGGAGGAAGGGACGUCUGGAGAGAGAGGCCGAGGCUCAUAGAGCCGCUGAGGCCAAGAGGCGAUUUUGA